UCAGACACCACCGUUGUAUGUUUUCCUACACUGAUUAAACCCCGUGAUCUGAUUUUGUUUCAUUGUUUGCUCGCUCUAUUGAAUCAUGUUCUUACUUCUUACCAAUUGAAAAAAGAAUUUGAUAAAAAAGAUAGUUCCUUUCCCAAAUCAAAACGUACCCAGUUCUGAAUUUGCAUUAAAUUACAAUUCAAAAGAUGAUGGAGAAAGAAGUGAAGGACCCAAUUGAUCAAGAGUUAGAAACUGAAGCACUAGAGCUCAUUCUUUUUCAUGUCUCUGAAUGCUAUGUUUACUUGAUACCCCCAAGGAUAAGUGCUGCCUCAUACAGAGCUGAUGAAUGGAAUGUUAACAAGUGGGCGUGGGAGGGGAUGCUGAAAGUCGUUAGCAAGGGUGAAGAUUGCAUUAUCAAACUUGAAGACAAAAACACAGGUGAAUUGUAUGCGAGGGCAUUUUUGAGAAGUGGGGAGCCACAUCCAGUUGAAACUGUAAUCGACAGCAGCAGAUAUUUUGUUUUACGAAUAGAGGAAAACAUUGAUGGUCGCCUUCGGCAUGCUUUUAUUGGUUUAGGAUUUCGAGAAAGAACAGAAGCUUAUGACUUUCAGGCUGCCCUGCACGAUCAUAUGAAAUAUCUGAAUAAGAAGAAAACGGCAGAAGAGAUGGAACAGCAUUUUCAGAGCACUUCCUCGGUGGAUUACAGUUUAAAAGAAGGCGAAACACUAGUACUCCAAUUGAAUAAUAAAGGUGGCAAGUCCAAGAUUUUGGAGCAAGGUAUACAUACUCUCUCCUUAGAGGAGAAGAGUCAGCAAAAAGAGCCCGUUCUCGGUAUCAAACUACCCCCACCACCUCCGGCACCAGUUUCGCCUGUUACAUCUCCAAAAUCUUCAAUAAACGUUCCGCCAAAAAUAUCCCUCGAUGAAACUUCUAAAGAAAAUUCUCCAAGACUGACAAAGGAAGAACAGAAAGAUCAGCAAGUUUCUCCUACGAAUGAGAGCAAAGAAGAAGAAGAAACUCCAGAUGAUGAUUUUGGUGAUUUUCAAGCAGCCAUUAAAGACUGACCAGUUUAGAUGAAGAUCCAACUGAGAAAUGCUUGAUGAUUAUGUAAAAUAUCUGGUACAUAUCUGUUUGCACCGGCCCAGUGGAAUCAAUAUAAAGCUGGGUGGCAUUUUGGCCCAUGACCAGAAAAGGUGUUUUGAAUGGGCUCAUUAAGGGAUUUUGGCCCAACAGGAGCUAUAUUUAUUUUUAGCCUUUUAAUUAGUUUUUCUUCAUUAAAUAAGAGAUAGAAUCUCAUUAGAAUUAGGAUUCUUUAUUAGGGUUUGUUCCCUAUAAAUAGUCAGUAGUAUUGUAUUAUUUUCGGUAUCAACAAAUCAUUAAUCAAAAAACCAAAGCUCAGGCUUUUUUAUCCCAA